AUGGUCAGCCUCCUCUUGGCCAAUGGAGCAGAGCCCGGCCAUGAGCUACUGGCUUCACCGUUGCUUGUGGACCUGAUCGGUUCACCCGUGUCGACUGACGACAAGAUCAAGGUGCUCAGGAGGCUGACGCGGAGCCGGUGUCCGAAUCUCGUCAAUGUCGCCGACCGCAACGGCAUGACGCCGCUCCUCCACGCAGCCGCAGCCGGAGACUUGGACAUCGUGCAAUGGCUCCUGAGAAACGAGGCAGACGUCGACGCCAGGGACAGCCGAGGUCGCUGCGCACUCUACUAUGCUCUUGUAAACAAGCACGAGAGGAUUGUGCGAGACUUGCUGGCCCGCAAGCCGCAGUUGAACGUCAGCACCACAGACGGUCAGACGCUGCUCGAAACCGCCAUGGAGCAGGUAUCCAUGGUACGGUUGCUGUUGGAUGCCGGCGCAGACACGGAACUGGGGAACAAGCGCAAUCGCACUGCCCUCAUCGUCGCCGUGCUAGAGAAGAAGACGGAGGUCGUCCAGCUCUUGGUCGAGAGGAGGGCCAACGUGCACCACCGUGACAAGGAUGGCUUCAACCCCAUCCUCAUCGCAACGGCGCAUAGCACGGAUGCAGACAUUGUGCGUAUCCUGGCUGAAGCCGGCGCCAACCUCAACGAUGCUCAUCCAGCCACUGGGGACACGCCCUUGCACUUGGCCAUGAAAGACGGGAACAUGGAAAAGACAGACUGCAUUAUCCGCGAGCUGAUUGACCAUGGUGCUGAUGUCAACGCCACUGGAGGGUUCUCCAUCUUCAAUGCCAUCUGUGCCGCCGCGUUCUCUGCCGGUGCCAGCACCAUUGAACUUCUUCUUGGUAAAGGGGCUUCGGUGCACAUCCCCGAUCCGUUAGGCCGACUUCCCAUCCACUUCGCCGCGGCCAGUGGCAUCAAGAAUUUCGAAGCCGUGGCCUCCGUCUACCAAGACGAUCUCAUGAUCUGCGAUAAAGCUGGCAAGAAUGUCCUCCACUGGGCAGCCCAGUUCGGCCACGUGGAAACCAUCAAAGCCAUCUUG